CAUAAAAAUUUUCAGUUUCGAUGAGUUUAUUUAAACUCAUAUAGGGAAAUUCUUCAUACAACCAACGUCAAAGAUUCGUUUAACUUGGAGAGGUUUUUAUUUAAGCAGAGAAAUAAUUUAUAAACAAACAUUUUUUUUAAAGAAAAUAUAUUGAUAAUCUCUAAUAUAUUCAGUUAGUUGUCAAAGAAACUAAAUUUUAAUAUGAGUAAUGAUCCAAGAAGAAAGGUUCUGAAAGAAUCAGUGUGUUUGCUAGUAUCUGAAUCAGGAUUCACAACAGCUACUGAUGAAUGUAUUGAAACUCUUGUUGAAAUGUUACAAUCUCUUCUCAGUGAAACAGGGAAUCAAACUAAAAACUUUGCUGAAUUAGCUGGAAGAACACAACCAGUAGUUGGAGAUGUUGUAAUGGCCAUGAUCAACAUGGGAAUGAGUAUAAAAGAUUUGGAUAAAUAUGCAACGAGAGAAGGACGACCAUCAGCAAGAAAUUUAAACCCAAGCAAAGCAAAUAAUCCACUGCAAAUUUUGCAAGCUGGAACACGCCAUGCUAAUCCAGUGCACAUUCCAAAUUAUUUGCCGCCACUACCCGAUCCUCAUGCCUAUGUUCGAACGGCUACAUAUAAACAACCAGAAACAGAAUAUGAAGCAAUAAGAGAAAAAUCUGCUAAUCAAAAACGCGAUAUUGAGAAGGCACUCACAAAAUUUUUAGCAAGAACAAGUGCAGAUACUCAUAACUUGUUUGACGAUGAAGAGAAUCAAAUGUUUCCAUUAAUUGCUUGUAAGCCUUCUUCUGUUCCAGCAUAUUUAAGUGCUUUGAAUCCUUGCGAUCAAAUAUUUGACUGGGAAGAGCUUGAAUAUUAUUAUCAAGUCGCAAAUCGAAAGCCAACAGAUGACUCAGAAAGUGAACCAGAGGAAAUGGGAAUCCAAGAAGAAAUUGAAGUUUCACCAGCAAAGAAGCGUAAGAAUAAAAAAGCGGUAAAGAAAGAACCAACUCCAGCUCCUGUUAAGGAAACAGCGCCAGUUGCCCAACCGGAACCAACACCGUUUAUUGACAAUCCCUUUCUUCGCUCUAUUAAGAAAACCUCCUGAAUGUUUACUGCUCUUCAAAGUAAUAAAUUUAAGCUAUAAAAAGUUACAAAAAAUAAAAUCUUUUAUAAACAUU